UUCAUCCAUGUUGUGGUUUUGAAUGAGGAAGAAGCGGGAGAUAAUAUUCUUCAACGAGUUUAUAUGCGUUUUAAAAUCACGUUAGAGACAUAUAAAUAAGUUGGGGUGUGUCUGAAAAUGAUAACCGUUUUUCCGAACGCGUUGGUUGCGACUUAUCGCAUUCCUGCUCGAAUUUAAACAUACUUCCAUAAAUUAGCCGCGUCGUAGCAACGUUAGCUAGCGAGCUAGUUAGCAUAGUGUGCUAGCUCUACAAUUAACUAAGUCUCAACAGACUAGCGAGGGGAGCUCGUUUCGUAGGAAUCUGUAAAAUGAUAACGGGGAGGAGUGUUAGCUUUUGAAAGAGCCUCAGCUAACCCGCCUCAGUUGAAUGAAGCGCGUUGGCUCCGUUAGGUUUGACAGGGAGACUGAAAGCAGCUACAGCGAUUUAUCUUCAAACCACCGGCGUUAUUUAUAAAACCUUUGAGCCAUGUUAAACAAAAUCUACGAAUGGGUAGAAACGAGCUUUGCCAAUCUUCGCAAUGGUGAGCCUGCUGUGGGGGACUCAGCACAUCGGACCCCGAGCGAUGGUCCGCUAAAGAGGAAAAGACCAGAUGAAUGUUUGGAAGAUGGACAAAACAUCAACCAAGAUGGCAUAAUCGGAAAGAAAUCUCGAAUUGGAGAUCUUAUUGACACAGUCAAGGUGGCAGCUGAAGGAGUUAAGAGUCACAGCUCCAGUGUGGCUACAUGGAUGAGAAACAAUGUGAGCCCGACCUUGAGCACUAUGCUGCCUGCCUCUCCCGGUCCUCCGCCUGGAGAGCCACAGCCCUCCACAUCAGCAGGAGUCUGGGCUGGAAUGCCGAUUGUUGAAAGGAACUGUCUGGAUGAGACGUUCGCUGCUCCCUCGACAACAUUAGAGUGGAAAACAUCCAAAUCGGAAUGGUUGCGCCAUGAGAAGAACAUGGGAUCAAAAGUCUGUCGCCGACAAGUGUGCAUGAGUCCUACACAUCGUGAAGUGCCAAAAAUAAAUGGCCAUUCAGUCAACUUGCUACCCUCCAUCACCCCAAAAUCGCACCCAUCUCCACGGCUAGGCAGGCCCCUAAACCUCCGACCAUAUGGAACACCAAGUUUUAGUGGAGUGGCAAGUAACUCUUGCACUAGUAUGUAUGAGAAGAUAUUUCCCAUCAAAGUGGUGCAGAGCCCAACACACAGCACCUCAUCUGGGCACAUGCACAAUGCCAGGCCCCGGUGCACAGCACAGCAGUCUGUUUGUGAAGAGGAGAAGGAGGUCUACAGGCAGCUUCUGACCAUGGUCUCUGGUGGUCAGUCAUCUUUCCUUCACAACGGCAGCUCACACACCAUUGUGAGGUCACACAGAGAUUUUACCAGCUUCCUGACUACCAGCCGCAGACUGCUGCAGUUAUCUUCCCCUUCUAGGUCAGCUGUAGGAGGAACUUCAGAGGGACCCAGCAGUACCCCCAGCCCCACAGGGAUGUCCAGCCAGAGCUCCAGCAACCUCCCCAGCCCAGUGUGGAAUUCCAAUAGGCCAAGGAUCCAGACGUGGUCUCUGGACACAGACCCCAGCAGAGCAGCUACUCGCACAGCAGCUCCCUCCCCAUCGGCUCUUAUCGAUAACUCUUCUCAGGACACACAAUCAUCAGGUGCAUCUCAUGAUGGUGACUCUGUAAUUAUUAUAAAUGAGAAAAGGGGUAAAAAGCAAGACCGCUCAAGUGUGCCAUGUUUCCAAGCAGAGUUAUGGAUCAAAGAAUUGACUAGUAUGUAUGACUCUCGGGCGAGAGAGAGACGGAGACAGAUUGAAGAGCAGGAGGCCCUGGCUGCUCUGCUGCUGCGACAACGCCUGUCUGAAGAGUCGCAACGCAGCCCAGAUGUGGAGGUCUAUGUUCGAGUCCCUCUGGAGAAGGAGGUUCCUUUGACUCUUGUGAUAGAAGAACUAAAGUCUUCAGUAGAGAAACCCGAAUUCCCCGAACUCACGGAGGAAAUGGAAGCUGAGGUGAACAGGGUGCUGAGAGGAGGUAACCAUGAAGUUUUAAGUGAAGGUUUUGGCCUCAGCCUCACACGCAAAGACCUGCAGACCCUCAGCAACCUCAACUGGCUCAAUGAUGAGGUGAUCAACUUUUACAUGAACCUGCUGGUGGAGCGCAGCAAGGACCCCAACCUGCCAUCGGCCAAUACCUUCAACACUUUUUUCUAUCCCAAGCUGCGCAGCAGUGGCUACACUGCUGUCCGCCGCUGGACCAAAAAGAUGGACAUCUUUUCUAAAGACAUCCUAUUGGUUCCUGUCCACUUGGGGGUGCACUGGUGCCUCUCUGUGGUGGAUUUCCGCAAAAAGGCUAUAUUGUACUUUGAUUCCAUGGGAGGAAACAAUGAUGAAGCAUGCAAAAUGUUGUUUGAUUACCUGCAACAUGAAAGUAAGGACAAGAAGGGCAAAGCACUGGAGACCUCAGGCUGGACUCUGCACAGCAAAAAGCGCAGUGAGAUCCCACAGCAGAUGAAUGGUAGCGACUGUGGAAUGUUCACAUGCAAAUAUGCAGAUUACAUCACCAAAGACAAGCCGAUCACAUUCACACAGGUAAUCAGGAACACACAUUCAUCUGCUCACCAUCUCGGCGGUGGCCUAAAAAUGUCUUGCAUGGCGUCUCUUUACUUCACAGAACCACAUGCCCUACUUCAGAAAACGGAUGGUUUGGGAGAUUCUGAAGCAUAAACUGUUGUAAACGUGUGCAGUCGGCUCUCGAUGUGGGAAAUACGAGUCGUGGCGACGGCUGAGCGCCGCUCCACCGCGGGGUCGACUCGUCGGCCUGUUUCGGGAAAGACUUGCGCACCAGAUCAGGAACCAGCUCCUCUGCCCCUGCCACCGCCAUCAGGCUCUCGGCUGACCUCGGUUGACCUCGGCUGCUGUGAUGGAGCUGGAGCUCCAAGCACUGCCUCCCAGUCCUCCCAGUCCUCGCCUCCACGUUGGGCUGUUGGAGCUUCGUUCAGUUCAGCGGCCGAGACGCUGCGUGUUUUGCAUCGCCUCGCCAGAAGCGUUUUUUUAUUCACACUUACAAACCAUACUCUGACGCAGACGUACCAAGUUUACACGUUGUUUUAGUCUUACAGGGAGAUGAGCACAUUAUGCUGCUUAUUUUUUAUAAUGACAGGACGACUUUUUAGUGUCGCUGUCAGUGUUUGAUACUUUUGGUACGUUUAAAGGAAAAUAAACUUUACCGUGAAGACUCAAGUUGGAAUGGCUUCUCGUCUUAAACGUAUUUCUCAGUAUUUGGGCACAACUGAGUUUUUUUUUAAUACACAUUUUACCUCAAACAACUAUUUUUGUAAUUCGUUUGAUUAAAAGGCCCAAAGCGUGUUCCAGCGUUGCCUCUGGUUUAUAACGGAAAGAGAACGUUCACUCUACCACAAGUAUGAUAAACGGUCCUAGUUAUAUUCUGAUAGCAGGGUAAACAAACAACUUGUUAGUAUAGAUAAGAUUGUAAUUUAUGGUUCAAAGUCUAUUUUGUGUAUUUCAGAGUUGUUUUGCAGCAACUUGAGCAUAUUCAAUAUAUUUUGAACUUUCUACAUAAACUUAUUCAGCCUUUUGAACAAUGUAAUAUACCUUUUCUUUAUGGUAUUUUUUUAUUAUCUACAAUUUAGAAAUACAUUCUUAUGUAUUUUGACUUAUUUGUAUUACCUCAAUUGGGUUUGAUAAACAUGAGAACCUGA